AUGACUGCUGCAGGACCAGCAGAUGGCGGCUCCAACCCAGAGCACUUGAAGGACAAGUUGAAGCAUCCGUUCAGUGGUCUGCGAGAGAAGUUGAAGGAUACCAAGCUCCAUGAUAUUAAAGUCAGCCUUAGCCAUAAGAAACAUGAGCUUGGCAAGUUUGGAAAUUUGAUCAACCCAAAUCAUCGACACGACGAAAAGCAUGAAAAGGAAACUGAUGACAAGAGAACCAAGAUUGGGGAGGGACACAGAUUCCAGUCUUUUGCCCCAGAGCGCCCAGGGAAUAACAUCAAGUGGUACGUUGAUGGCCGAGAUUACUACUGGGCUGUCUCGAUUGCACUCGAGCGAGCGAAGGAAACCAUAUAUAUUGAGGAUUGGUGGCUAUCCCCCGAGUUGUUUAUGCGCCGACCCCCAUAUUUCAACCAGGAAUGGCGUUUAGAUCAGAUCCUCAAGCGGAAGGCGGAAGCUGGAGUCAAGAUAUUUGUAAUUGUCUACCGUGAGGUCGAGGCCGCUCUUACUUGCAAUUCUGAACAUACGAAGCAUGCCCUCCAAGCACUCUGUCCGAAAGGAACUCCUGGAUAUGGAAACAUUGUCGUUAUGCGACAUCCUGAUCACAAUGUUCUCGAGAACGCCGCGGACAUGACAUUUUACUGGGCGCAUCACGAAAAAUUCAUCGUCAUUGACUAUGACACUGCUUUCAUUGGUGGUUUGGACUUGUGCUUUGGGAGGUGGGAUAACCAUCAGCAUCCUCUUGCGGAUGUCCAUCCAGAGGGAGUGCAACAUGAAGUUUGGCCCGGCCAAGAUUUCAAUAACAAUAGAAUUAUGGAUUUUCAGAGCGUCGGCGAUUGGAAGUCAAACGAGCUGUCAAAAGCUGAAUAUGGACGUAUGCCAUGGCAUGACGUGGCGAUGGGAGUAGUUGGGGAUUGUGUCUACGAUAUCGCCGAACAUUUCGUCCUCCGCUGGAACUUCGUCAAGCGUGACAAGUAUAAGCGUGAUGACAGGUACGAUUGGUUGAUCUUAGAAGGCCGAGAUGGUCAAGACGAAGACUUGGUGGGAGUCCAGAGACCUUCGCAUCCGGUGGGAGAAUACAUUAAACAUCCGCUAUCACCCCUAAGCAGCAAGACUUUGGGCGACCAACAGGGAACCGUCCAUGCCCAGAUUGUUCGAAGCAGUUGUGAUUGGUCAAGCGGUAUUCUUACAGAGCAUAGCAUUCAAAAUGCAUACAGCGAACUCAUUAGAAAUGCGCAGCAUUACGUAUACAUAGAGAAUCAGUUCUUCAUCACAGCCACAGGAGAUCAGCAAGCACCCAUCAAAAACACCAUUGGAAAGGCCAUUGUUGAAGCGGUUGUCAGAGCUGGAAAAGAGGGCAGGAAAUUCCGUGUCAUCGCAGUCAUUCCUUCGAUCCCAGGAUUUGCCGGUGACCUUCGGGAUGAUGCAGCAAUGGGAACGAGAGCUAUCAUGGACUAUCAGUACAAAUCGAUCUGUAGAGGAGAGCACUCAAUUUUCGAACAAAUCAAAGCUCAAGGAGUUGACCCAACGAAACACGUUUUCUUCUUCAACCUGAGAUCAUAUGAUCGAUUGAACGUCACACCUGCCAUCAAGAAGCAGGAAGAGGAAUCUGGCGUCAAGUAUCAGGAUGUACAGAGGGCCGAGGCUGAAGAAAUCAUGGACACUGGUAUUCACGGUUCGAAGGACGAUGAGGAUGGCGCAGAUACGCAUAUGGGUCAGAAAGCUUCGGUUAAGGACAAGCUAAAUCCCCUGAAAGAUGAUGCUGGUAAUGAGUCAGCGGAGGAGAAUACAGAUGCUAAGCGCCAGUUUGAGGAAAAGCGUGAGGCCGCUGGUGCGGAUCAAGGCAUCGCGAGUGUUAGCAGCGUCGCAAAGAAUGCGAUGCAUGGUGAAGGAAGCCUCGUUGACGAGAAAUGGGAAGGUGACCUCGAAAACGAAGUCGACAACUGGAUUCAAGAGGAGUUGUAUAUCCACGGCAAAGUUUUGAUUGUUGAUGAUAAGACUGUCAUCUGCGGUAGCUCUAACCUCAAUGAUCGAAGUCAAUUGGGCAUCCAUGACAGCGAGUUAUCUAUCGUUAUGACGGAUAGAAAGACGAUGAAGAGCACGAUGGGAGGCCAAGAAUACGAAGCGGGCGUCCACGCCGCAACACUUCGAAGAUACCUCUGGAGAGAGCAUCUCGGUUUGCUCCCCCCUCAAGAGCUCGAUGCAUCGAAAGACCCAAACGCGCAACCACCAGAUGUACCAGUUGACCCACAAGAAAACGAGACCUAUGAAUUCGUCGCUGAUCCCCUCGGUGACGAGCUAUGGGAUAUGUGGACAUCGCGCGCAAGCAAGAACACUGAGAUCUUCAGACAGCUUUUCCACGCGGAUCCUGAUGAUUAUGUCAAAACAUUCGACGACUACGACCAAUUCCUCCACCGCAAGGGCGUCAAACAAGGCCAUAUCUAUGACAAGAUGACCCCGCCCAAUGAGAUCCGCAACAAGCUGGACCAGAUUAAAGGUCAUCUUGUUUGGAUGCCGCUUGAGUUCUUGAAGGAUGCGCCGAUGGCGGAGACGGGAUUGCAGGUUAAUUCUUGGACGGAGAGUAUUUAUACCUAG